AACCCAAACAAAAAGGAACGUCACAGGGUGACGUCAGCCUAUAUACAGUUGUGUGGUAGCAGCACAUAAGCAAAUGCGUUCUGUACCUUAGCCCUGAAAGCUUUUCAGCAAAUGCAUUCAAGCGACUACAGAAGCUUCUCUCAGUGAUAAGCUACCCAUCUGCCAUCAACAAGUUAAGAGUAAAAAAGCCAUAGCUGUGGAAAGCGUUUGCAAUUAAGCAGCUGUACAGUAUAAGAAAAUCUGCCAAUCAACUCAGCACUGAUUCAGGAAUUAACAGAUCUGCCACUGGAAAUCAAGGUCAUGAAUUCAAAGGAAUAUAUUGGAAAUGGGAUGUGAAGUCUUUUUAUUUACUCCAGAAUCAAAGGAGAGUAAAGAGAGUAAAUGAUUUAAAAGCUGACAACGUUAGAGCUUUUUAAAGACUCACUGUGUUGAGUCUAAAACUACGACUGAAUGCAACCUCCAACGUACUCAAAAGAAUGGGCUUACGUUUCAAGUGGCCAUUAGGGGCUCCUAUGCUGGCAGCAGUAUAUGCAAUGAGUAUUGUUUUUAAAAUGCUGCCUGCCUUGGGCACGGCUUGUCCAGCAAAAUGCCGUUGUGAGAAGCUGCUCUUUUACUGUGACUCUCAGGGGUUUCACUCAGUGCCAAACACCACUGACAAGGGCUGUCUAGGUUUGUCAUUGAGGCACAAUUUUAUUAUGGAACUUGAAGGGGAUCAGUUUGCAAGCUUCAGUCAACUUACCUGGCUUCAUUUAGACCAUAAUCAAAUUGAUACAGUAAGAGAAGAUGCUUUUCAAGGACUAUAUAAACUCAAGGAAUUAAUUUUAAGUUCAAACAAAAUAUCUUAUUUACCAAACACAACUUUCAGCCAGCUGCUUAACCUGCAACAUUUGGAUCUCUCUUUCAAUCAAUUAUCUGCUUUGAAUCCUGAAUUGUUGUAUGGCCUUCGUAAACUGCAAACCCUGAGUUUACGUUCCAAUUCUCUGAGGACUAUUCCAGUCCGCCUGUUCUCAGACUGUCGUAGUUUGGAUUUUUUGGAUUUGAGCACAAAUCGCUUGCGAAGUUUGGCGCGCAAUGGAUUUGCAGGAUUAACCAAACUAAGGGAGCUUCACCUAGAGCACAACCAGCUGACAAAGAUUAACUUUGCUCACUUCCUUCGGCUAAGCAAUCUGCACAUGCUCUUCUUACAGGGGAAUAAAAUUAGCAACCUGACUUGUGGGAUGGAAUGGACCUGGAGCACUUUAGAAAAGCUAGAUUUGUCUGGAAAUGAUAUCAAAGCCAUUGAUACGACAGUUUUUGAAAUAAUGCCUAAUCUUAAAAUUCUCCUAAUGGAUAACAACAAGCUAACCACUCUGGAGUCCAAGGUUUUAUAUUCACUUAAAUCCCUAACGACUGUGGGUCUCUCCAGCAACCCCUGGGAAUGCAGCCCCAAAAUAUGUGCACUAGCCACAUGGCUCAGUGGCUUCCAAGGUCGGUGGGAAUAUUCCAUCCUUUGUCAUACCCCAAACCAUACCCAGGGAGAGGAUAUUCUAGAUGCAGUUUAUGGUUUUCAGCUUUGCUGGAAUUUAUCGACUGUUGUUACCCCCAUUGCUACAACUCACAGAGCUCCAACAACUGAAUAUACAAGGCGAAUAAGCUCCUCAAAUUUCCAUGUGGGAGAUAAAGAAAUUUCAACCACCACAGGCAUACCCUUUACCACAGAAGAACAGAUGCCUGAACCAAACAAUGUUAUCUUCACCCAGCAGGUAAUUACAGGAACAAUGGCUUUAUUAUUUUCUUUCUUUUUUAUCAUUUUUGUAGUGUUCAUCUCCAGGAAGUGCUGUCCUCCCACAUUAAGAAAAAUUAGGCAGUGUUCAAUGAUUCAAAGCCACAGGCAACUACGAUCUCAAACACGGCUGCAUAUGUCAAAUAUGUCAGACCAAGGACCAUAUAAUGAAUAUGAACCUGCCCAUGAAGGACCCUUCAUCAUCAUUAAUGGCUAUGGACAAUGCAAAUGUCAGCAGUUACCCUAUAAAGAAUGUGAAGUGUAAUAUCUACAGGUAAUCUAAGAACACAAAGGAGAUAAACUUAUUUUAAAUUGCAGGGAUCUGAUACAUUUUUAAAAAACUCAAAUACUGAGAAAGCCUAGAUUUUUCUAAGCAACUUGUUUUGAGUGAUGCAGUAGUAUUUCAGGGUGUUGGUUUUUUUUUUAAAUAAACCCACAAUAUUUUCAGUGUUUAAAUAACAGUGUUGGCAUUACAUUUGCAUUCCUGAUGUUUGGAAUCUAAAUAUGCUCAGCCCAAAAUAUGUAUAUUGUUUCAUGUUAUGUAAUUAUAUAUGUAAUUUUUUAUUUUUUUACUCCCAAGCCUCCAGAUAUAAUUUAGAAAAAUAAUUUGGAUGAAAAUAUUGUUGGGUAUCUAUUUAAUGGACUUAAGGGGGAAUAUUUUACCAAAUGAUGCAUUGUAAUUACUAAAUUUUACCAACAUUUCAGCCAGUUCAGUGUUUCACGAAGUACAUACUAACCAAAAAACAAAAAGGUACUUUCCUUAAAAGAUUGUUCUGUCUUGUGGUCUACAGUACAAAGGUGCAGAAAAGAGAUUUUCCAGUCUACUACAGCAUGGAAUUUUAGUACUAUUUUAACUCCAUAGUAAGAAUUCAGAAUUCUAAAUGUGUUGCAAAUUCAGAAUAUAGCUACUGCCACUUCUGAAUAAAGAUCACAUUCAUUACUUCAAAAUA